AUGGGCUUCCUCUCUGCGCUCGCGCUCUCAGUCGCGGCGCUUGCCAUCCCGGUGAAGGGUGGCUUGACGUAUCCCGACUGCGUGAAUGGACCGCUCAAGACGAAUGUGGUGUGCGACACCAACUCGCCCGGCGUCUCAAGACUCGGCUUGAGUGCGUACCAGUGGUGGAACGAAGCUCUCCACGGCGUCGCCCACAACCGUGGCAUCACGUGGGGAGGGGAGUUUAGCGCAGCAACCCAGUUCCCGCAGGCCAUCACUACUUCGGCAGCCUUCGACGACGUCUUGGUUGAGCGGAUCGGCACCAUCAUCAGCACCGAGGCCCGCGCCUUCGCGAAUAACGGGCGAGCCCACCUGGACUUCUGGACCCCCAACGUCAACCCCCUCCGCGAUCCGCGCUGGGGCCGCGGACACGAGACACCGGGCGAAGAUGCGUUCAGGAACAAGAAGUGGGCGGAGGCGUUCGUCAGGGGCAUUCAGGGGACCGGACCGACGCAGCGGGUUGUCGCGACUUGCAAGCACUUCGCCGCCUAUGACCUUGAGAACUCGGGCAGCACGACGAGGUUCAACUUCGACGCCAAGGUGUCCGCCCAGGACCUUUCCGAGUACUAUCUGCCGCCGUUCAAGCAAUGCGCGCGGGACUCCAAGGUGGGCUCCAUCAUGUGCAGCUACAAUGCGGUCAACGGCGUCCCAGCAUGCGCCAGCUCGUAUCUGAUGGACACGAUCCUCCGGAAACACUGGAACUGGACCGACCAGAACCAGUACAUUGUGAGCGACUGCGAUGCGGUGUACUACCUCGGCAACGCAAAUGGCGGCCACCGGUACAGGCCGAGCUAUGCAGCGGCGAUCGGGGCAUCACUCGAGGCUGGUGUAGACAACAUGUGCUGGGCAACUGGCGGCACGACUCCGGAUGCUGCGUCAGCCUUCAACUCCCGGCAGUUCAGCCAGGCAACCCUGGACAAGGCGCUGCUGCGGCAAAUGCAGGGUCUUGUUAAGGCAGGAUAUUUCGACGGUCCAGAUAGUCCGCACCGCAAUCUCGGCGCGGCCGAUGUCAACACACAGGUCGCACGGGAUACCGCGCUUCGGUCUGCUGAGGAAGGCAUCGUGCUGCUUAAAAACGACGGGCUUCUCCCGAUCUCUCUGGACGGGGCAAACUUCCAGGUUGCCAUGAUUGGGUUCUGGGCUAACACGGCCGACAAGAUGUUGGGCGGUUACAGCGGGAGCCCGCCCUUCAACCACGACCCGGUGACUGCGGCAAGAUCGAUGGGCAUCACGGUCAAUUACGUGAAUGGGCCUCUGACGCAGUCCAACGCGGACACGACGGCGGCCGUAAACGCGGCGCAGAAGUCCAAUGCCGUGAUCUUCUUUGGCGGCAUCGACAACACGGUCGAGAAAGAGAGCCAGGACCGCACGUCCAUUGCCUGGCCUUCUGGACAACUGGCCAUGAUCCAGAGGCUGGCGGCCGUGGGCAAGCCUGUCAUCGUCGUCCGGCUCGGAACGCAUGUCGAUGAUACCCCGCUUCUCAGUCUCCCGAAUGUGAAGGCGAUCCUGUGGGCUGGCUAUCCCGGCCAAGACGGCGGCACUGCGGUGGUGAACAUCAUCACCGGACAAGUUAGGCCCGCCGCGAGGCUCCCCAUCACCGUGUAUCCGUCGUCAUACACCGGUCGUGCUCCCUACACGAAUAUGGCGUUGCGGCCAUCGUCUUCGUACCCCGGGCGGACAUAUCGCUGGUUUAAAGACGCCGUUUUCCCGUUCGGCCACGGCUUACACUACACGAACUUCAGUGUCGCUGUGCAGGACUUUCCGGCCACGUUCUCGAUCGCGGGUCUUGUGGCCUCCUGCAAGGGCGCCUCGAUGUACCUCGACCUCUGCCCGUUCCCGUCGGUGCCGAUCGUCGUUGCCAACACGGGCUUGCGGGCUUCCGACUACGUUGCGCUGGGAUUCCUGGCAGGGGACUUUGGACCCGCGCUGGCCAAGCUGAGGCUGUCUGACUCUGAUCUUGGACUCCAGCGGGCCAACACACUCUCCGGCGUCAAGCGGAACUACUGGCCUUUGUCUUCCGGUGAUACUUAG